AUGCGUACUCAGACUGCAGUUGCUGCCCUCCUUGUAGGAUCGGCCGUCGCCAACCCGUUCCCCCCCUCCGUCACUGUCAAGGACGAUGCUCCUACCAAGAUUGCCCACUACACGCCCAAGUUCCCCGGCGGUGGCAACUACAUGCCGUCCAAGGCCUCCAAGAAGCACAAUGCCAAGGUCUCACGGGCUCUGAAGCGAGAAACCGGCGAGAGAGUCAACAACGGCAACCUCGCCAACUACGACAUCAACAACAUCAACGACGGUGUUGGCAACGGUCAGGACUCGUACACCAUGUACUGGGGUGACGGCAGCACUGGUGCCGGCUGGCCCGCCAAGAGCCGCUGGGUCUCCUUUGAGAACAUGUUCAACAACUACAAGAACACCAUGUUCAACUCUUGCGGGUGGAACGGCUGGGGCGCCAACGACAGCGGCCCGGAAGUUGGGGCUAUCUGGGAUGGCAUUCAAAAGGCAGCUUCCGCAACUGGUGUUGACCACCGCUUCAUCUUGGCUGUUAUCAUGCAGGAGUCCAAUGGAUGUGUCCGCGUUCCCACGACCAACUAUGGUGUUCGCAACCCCGGUCUGAUGCAGGACCACAAUGGAGGAGCAAGCUGCAACGACGGUGGCUAUGUCGGCAACCCUUGCCCUUCUGAUACCAUUUACAAGAUGAUUAGCGAGGGUACCGCCGGUACCAAUGAUGGCGAUGGUCUUGCCAACUGUAUCAAUGAGGCUGGUACGGGUGAUGUCUCUGCUUUCUACCGCGCUGCCCGAAUCUACAACUCGGGGUCAAUCUCGUCUACUGGCCAGCUCCAGAAUGGGAUUGCCACUCACUGCUACGCCAGUGAUAUUGCCAACCGCCUUACUGGUUGGGUUAGCGCUUCGUCUAAGUGCACUUGCGACAGCAACCCUGGCAGCUGUGGAAUCACGACCAACUAG